AUGAGGAACAUUCUCAUAAACAUGAAAAUGUCAUUUAGUGCAAGAGCUAGAGUACUAAGAUGCUACAUUUGGCCGAUCUUGAAAUAUGGGUGCGAAACGUGGAAUUUAACCAAAGAUAAUCAAAAGCGUAUAGAAAGUUUUGAAAUGUGUUUAGGGAGGAUACAAGGAAUAAGCGGGACAGAAAAGGUAAUGACAGGAUGGAAGAGAAAACUUCUCAACGAAGUGAAACAGCAAAUGAAAUUUAUAGGGCACAUAAUCAGAGCUAAAGAGUUAGAGCAUCUAAUCCUAACAGAAAGAAUAGAAGGAAAACGGCCAAGAGGGAGACAAAGACAGAAACAAAUGGAUACUAUCAAGAAUGGACAAGAGCAAGGGACAAUACAGGACUCUUACGCUUUUGUCGAAAUAGAGAUGUUUGGAGGUCUAUGGUCGCCAGCGCUAUAA